GUCUUUAAAAUCCAAGUUCUACUAGGAUUCAAUUACCACCACUACUUCCAAACGUUGCCACCUACACAAUCUAGUCUAUAAAUAUGCAUCAGUAUUUCAGCUCAAGUUUACUUGACUUCUUUGUGCAACACCAGAACUAUUUCCUCGAUCCAACAAUCUCCGGAUCAUCAUUUCUUCCAAGCUAGGUCACAUAUUAAUUUGGUCCGCCGUCGACUAAACCGACUCCGAAAUGAUCAUUGGCUCGAAUCAGCUGCCGGUCGGAUUUAGGUUUAUGCCAACAGACGAAGAGUUGGUCACUCACUAUCUGAUGAACAAGGUGUUGUAUCGGCCUGUACCAGCUGCUCAGGAAAUCCGAGAGAUCGAUGCGGCUCAAUUCUACAGCAACCAUCCUAAGAAUCUAGUGACGUUCUCCUGCGGGGAGAGAGAGUGGUUUUUCUUCAUCCAUCACGGUGAAAGCGGUCAUGCAUCCCAAACCAGCAGAAGCAGUAUUCGAGUAGUUGGAAAUGGUUUAGGGUUUUGGAAACCCAAGUACGGAUCAGAAACUCCCAUCUGCGAUGAGGAUGGACAUUUCUUUGCCUCCAAGAUCUCUCUCACUUACUUCUCGGGAAGAAGUGCUUCGCAUGCAAAGAGAACACAUUGGAAAUUGGUGGAGUACUAUUUACAUGAACAUGAUCACGUCGAGUCUAACACAGAAGAAAAGUACCAAGUUCGGAGAAGAAAGUGGAUAUUGGGCCGAAUGAUAAGAGGAACGGAUUACACUGGAUUAUGAGGAUUUUGCAAAUUUUGGAAUUCUUUUAUAAUUUGUUCAUUAAAUAAUAGAGAAAAUACUUCAACACUUUUUCUUUAAAUGUUAGAAAUAAGGCUGCAGGAAGCAUUUUAUUAAUGUAAUAAGAUGAUUUAUUUAUUUCUCCUUUCAUCUAGGUCCUAUUUUAUAUAUCUACAAUUU